CUCAGGCAAAGUUGUCAGUGUCUUCUUCAGUUAUCAUGGACAGAGACACAGUACAGCUGGACUGUAGUAACAGUGAGAAUCAGAUGAUGAACGAGUGUUACUUCAUAAUAGAUGGAAGACAAAAUAACAGGAAACCGAGCAGAUCAUGUCAACUAUCACUCACUGGAUCUGACAUCAUUAGCUGGUCAGGAGGUCAGAGGUCAUCUGUCAUCAUAACCUGCUUCUACACUGUAUAUCUCAUGUCAUCUCCACAUUCAGAUCCAGCAACAGUAACAAUUCAGAGUUAUCCUCAGGCCAGGUUGUUAGUGUCUUCUUCAGUUAUCAUGGACAGAGACACAGUACAGCUGGACUGUAGUAACAGUGAGAAUCAGAAGAUGAACGAGUGUUACUUCAUAAUAAAUGGAAGAGAAAAUAAACAGAGCAGAUCAUGUCAACUAUCACUCACUGGAUCUGACAUCAUUAAAUGGUCAGGAGGUCAGAGGUCAUUUGUCAUCAUAACCUGCUACUACACUGUGUAUAUAUCACAAGUUUCUCUGCUAUCUCCACGUUCAGAUCCAGUAACAGUAACAGUUCAGAUUUUAACAUCAACCACCACUGUGUGUACUACAACAACAGUCAUGACAACUUUGUCCCCUUCUUUAACCACAACACAACCUACAGCUGUUUCAACAGUAAAGUCAACUCACAAAGAUGUUGAAAGGGAUACAAAAACAUCUGUUCCUCAUAGCACUGAUGAUAAUUCAGGGAUAACUCCUAAAGCUAAAGAGAAAAGAAUGUGGCUGACAAAACUGUCAGCAGUGGCGUGCUCUGUGAUUGUACUCGCAGGACUCAUAUAUCUGUGUAGAUUUGCAUGCAAAACAGUAAGAUCUAAACGUCAAAGAACUCCGCGAGAUUCGCGUGCUUCUGGACCUGCAGAUAUAUACUCUCUCAUUACUUCUGUACCAGACACAUCUCAACCCACAGGCCUCCACCAGCCACAGUCACACCAACAAAGCAAACCAGACACUUACUCGCUCAUUACUUUAACUUCUCAGGCUUCAGAUGUUUUGGUUAAUACACAACACAAGAAGGGACAUACUGAAGAGGAUGAAAUUGUUUAUCACGUCUACUGCACAAUCCCAGACAAACCAGUAAAAGCUGUUGAAGAUCAUAUCUACAGUUUGGCUAUCUGACUCUCAAGACUUCAUUAUCUUCUUUGUUUAUUAUUCAUUUGCAUGACAUGUAUUUGUUAAAUGUUUAAAUAAUAA